AUGGCGUGGACCGAACCACGGUCGCAUCCAGAACCAAAGCCAAAACCAAAACUGACUGGGCCUUCAGUUUUACUGCCCUUCUUUCUCCUGCUUGCUGCCUUUGCUGAUCUCACUAUUGCUGGCCCACCCCAGCCAGCUCGCCCCCCUCUCCUAUCUGGACAGCCUUUUAUCAUCUUCUGGGGUAUCUCUGAUGCUUCCUGCUCUGGUAGGCCAGAUCCCAGAUCUUUCGGAAUGGAACAGGAGGGCCGAGUGGCUGUUUUUUACGAGGAGACACUGGGGAACUACCCUUAUUUCAUAAACAAAGACACACCGAUCAAUGGGGGGCUACCACAGAACACACAGCUGGAAAAACACCUCCAAAAGACACAGCAGGACUUGGAAGCAGCUUUACCUGCCCCAAGAUACCUGGGGCUUGGGGUGCUACACUGGGCAGAGUGGUUCCCCCAGUGGUUAAGGAACCGAGAGAAGCAGGUAAUGUAUCUGGAGGCAUCAAGGAAGCUGCUGAAGGCCUUCUUCCCUAACUGGACCCCAGAGGAGGUGGAGAAGUGGUCACAGGUGGACUUCGAGGCAGCAGCCCAGUCAGUAAUGAUGGAGACUUUACGGGAAGUGAAAAGAUUAAGGCCUAAAGCAUUGUGGGGCCUCUCCCCUUACCCCAGCUGCUACAGCGGUGAUCCUGCCCAAACCAUGUUAGCCAAUUACACCAACCAGUGUCCUUCUGCAGAGAUGGCCCUAAAUGAUGAGCUUCUUUGGCUAUGGAAACGAUGCUCCGCACUCUAUCCUCUCCUCACCCUGGAGAAACUGCAGGGUGGGACCUCUGAAGCCAGGCUUUAUCUGUCCAGUCAAAUCAGAGAAGCACUACGAGUAUCAUCUUUGACAGGGAUGGCGUUUGAUCUUCCUGUAUUCCCACUGAUCAAGAGUGUCUACAUCUCAACCAAUACCUUCCUGUCACAGGCAGAUCUAGUGAGCACCAUUGGACAGAGUGCUGCCAUGGGAACAGCUGGAGUUGUCAUCUGGGAGAGACGUGAGAUGAAGACAGAGAGAGAGUGUCAGGACCUGGCAGAGUUUGUCCGUAAGGUUUUGGGACCCUACUCCAUCAAUGUAACCACGGCAUCUCGACUCUGCUCAGCCUCUCUGUGCCAGGGAAAGGGCCGAUGCAUUCGUCAAAAUCCAGAAAGUUCCACCUACCUCCACCUACCGCCCCCAUCUGAAGUGGUGGAGAAGGGGAUAGAAAAGGCAGCAAAAGCCACAGAUUGGCCGGACACCGACACUAAACCAGCUGUACCAGACACAGCUGAGAUCUGGAAGAAGGACUUCCAGUGCCAGUGGUACAAGACUGCCGACAGUGACGUCUCAGACCAGCAGUCCCCCAAAGAUGGAGCAGUAGAAGAAAAUGUUGGACAAGUAAUAGGGACUACUUCUACCACAGCUUCUGCAACAAAAGGUGCCUCUGUGACUGAGUUAAGAGGAAGCAGUUCACCUGAUACUGGAAGUCCAACACCUUUAAUGGAAGUAACUACAGACGGUGGUAGGAAUCCACUCAGUGCUCCAAACCUUACUGUACUGCUGUUGCUAGUGGCUGGCAGUAUAUACCUGGAACCUUAA